AUGAUUGAGAGGAGCACGAUGUUGACCUCAACGAUCGUGAUCGUCUUGAUUAGCCUCUCGGAGCUAUCCAUCAAAUCCGAGGUGUCUGAAGAGGAAUACACACACUGCUUUCUGCAAAACCCUCAUUUGGUUGGCUCAUGCAACAACAAUACUCAAGACGUUACCAUAACCGUCGUGUUUCGACAAUUCACUCCAACACCCGGAGGAAUGGAAUUCGAACCUGGGAAAACGUAUCAUUUCAUC